UAUUUUUCUGAUUUUGGAUUCUACGGGUGGUUGAAGAAGCCGUCACGCAAUCAGAGGGAGAGGAUAACGGUAACCCUGGACUGGAGACUUGGUGGAGUGCGAUGCUUGCGUAGAGAGGAGGUCAAUAAGUAGCACUCUCGGAGGAUAACGGUGGGAUUAAGCUUGUGGCCGCGGGCGGCUUCUUCUUCUUCUUCGCCUGGGGAAGAUAGUUUCCGCCGUAAGUCCGAGAGCAGAUUCCGCUGCGCAACUUUCAUAGGAGACAAGGUGCUUGGAAAUGGCCAGUGAUGGAAACGAUGCAGAGCAGCCAACCGAAAAUCAGUCAGCAAGCAUCAGCCGCCUCACACCAGACGUCCUGCACGAGAUACUUCUCCGGCUUCCGGUGAGCAGUCUACAGAGACUCCGCAGGACGUGCCACCAAUGGCGCGGCAUAAUCAGCGACCCCUGCUUCAUCAUGGAUCAUGCCAACCGUGCACCGGAGCACCUCCUCCUUUUCCUGCCUAGGCUGGACGCCUCGGCAAGCUUCAAGACCGCCAUGCCUGGCCGCGUGAAGCUCUUCGAUGAGAAAUGGUCGGUCACAACAUGGGCAGCGUCGUCCAUGGACCCGGACGACCACCUCUUCGCGUCGUGCAACGGCCUGCUCUGCUUCUACCGGAGAUACACGCUGAAGAUCGUCAACCCCGCGACCGGCCAGCGCCUGCAUCUCUCGAAGCCCGACGGGAGAUCGUUCCGUGACCUCUACUACCUCUACAGCUUCGGGUUCCACCCGGCGACGGGGGAGUACAAGCUCGUCUACUUCCUCCGCGAGCCCCGGCAUGGCAGGCCGUCCGGGCAGCCGUUCCGCUUCGACGCGAUCCAGGUGUAUACCCUCGGCGAGGACGGGUGGAGGAACGUCAGGGCGCCGAGGGAGAGCUGCCUGGUGAACCUCGGCGUCGUCAACGUGGGUGGGGUGAUGUACUGGAUAUCGGAGGAGGAAGGGGCGUGCUGUGGCGUGGCGGUCAUGGAGUUCGAUCUCAAGGAGGAGUCCUUCGUGACAUUGAGGCCUCCGCCGCUGAGAGCGUGCGGCGCCCCCGCGCUGUCCUACUACGUGACGGAGGUGGAGAAGAAGGUGUGCCUGGUGACCGCCCCUUUCAGCAGCAACGCUCCCCGGUGGCGCCGCUACAACGCCGAGGUCUCCGGGAGGAUGGACGUGUGGAUGCUCGAGAGCAGGGGCGAAGAUCGGUGGUCGCUGAGGUACAGCGUCGAGCUGUCGUCGUCGGCGCCGCGGUGCGUCCCGCAGCCGUGCUUCGUCCGCGGGGAGAAGGUCCUGCUGCACGGCCGCGACGGCGACGCGUUCUGCCGGGACCUGCGGGGCGACGAGGACGGCGGGGAGGUGAAGCUGCUGAACUUGAGGCCUUACAGGUACUACGAGACGCAGUCGUACGUGUACAAGGAGACGCUCGUCCCGUUGGACGUGUACGCGGGGGCGGCCAUUGUCCGUGCGCCGCACUGGCCUCUCCCUCCACCAGGCUCUUGAUAGUAGUGGCUUUGCAGUGUUGGUCACAAAAAUGCUAAACAUAUAAAAAGUUACACCUAAUUAUUCGUUGAUUA